UAUAAAUAAUAUAGCAAUUUUUAUAGCGAUGUAAUAUUAUGUUGGUCCCAUAUUUCAAAUUUUUUGUUGUUCCAAUAUAAAUUGAGUAAUCGGAUCUUUUGAUGAUUUUUACAAAUUAUAUUCCAUUGGUACGUCUAUUUGGUAAUAGCAUUGCCAAUGCUGCACCAAUAUGUAAAGGGCAACAACAAAAACGAAAAUUAUUUGCUAUUGUACGUAUAGCAUUCAACUCAGUUGAUGUAAGCAGAUUGCAAGAGGUUGGUCCGAACAGAUUAUGUGCAGAAUGGAUUGUAAAAAAUGGAGGUGCCGUACGAUUUUUAGAGGAUCCAAAUAAAUUAUAUAAUGACUACAAUUCCUUGCCACCUGAAUCGCAGAAGUAUAGGCUCAAGGUUGCAGAUGCUACAGACUCAUCAAUUAUGAAUAUCGGACUAGAUCAUUUUAAAGGCUGCAAUCACGUUGAUACUGUUAUCUUACAUAAUUGUACACAUUUGGAAGAGGAUGGUCUUAAAGGGUUAGUACAUAUAGUUAACAGCCUAGUACGAUUACAGGUUUCUGGUUGCUAUAAUAUAAAUGAUGAGGGACUUAAAGAAAUUGCCAAUUUGAAAAAUUUAAAACAACUGAUAAUAUUUAAUAUGACAGCUGUUAAGAGUUUUGCUGCUACAGUAAGCUACAUACAGGGUCAGUUGCCAAACUGCGAAAUUGAUGCUAAGAGAUUCAAGCGUUGAAUAUUUUCAGAAAUAUUUUGUAUUAACUUUAUGUCGAACUAUACAUACUUGUUAUUGAAUCAUGAAAAUAUAAUUUAAAAUUUUUUCUGUAA